AUGCGAAGCCCGAGCAAUCUCAAGGAAUUGCAACGUCUUUCAGGAAGAUUAGUCGCCUUAUCCCGAUUUGUCCCACGCCUGGGUGACAAGAUUAGCCCAAUGACGAAACUCUUGCGGAAGGCCUCGGCCUUCUCGUGGAACGAACCAUGCGAAGAGGCCUUCGAGGCGCUGAAAGCAACCUUGGCUACGCCGCCGAUCCUAACGAGACCUAAUCCCUCGAGCCCACUCUUAGUGUAUUUGGCCGUAUCUGCCGAGGCGAUCAGCUCGAUCCUGGUGCAAGAAAAGGAAGGCACCCAAACUCCCAUAUAUUUUGUCAGCCGACUCUUGCAAGAUUCUGAGACCCGGUACCAGCUGAUAGAAAAGGUUGUGCUCGGAUUAGUGCACACCUCACGACGCUUGCGGCACUAUUUCCAAAGCCACCGGGUAGUGGUUCACACCGAUUGCCCGAUCUCAAAGGUCUUGGGCAAGCCCGAGCUCGCCGGAAGAAUGAUGGCUUGGUCGGUGGAGCUCUCGCAAUUCGACAUAACUUUCAAACCAAGAGGGCCGAUCAAAGCUCAGUGCCUGGUCGACUUUGUGAACGAGCUCCACCCCCAUGGUCAUUUCGAGGAGCAAUGGUGGACCCUCCAUGUGGAUGGUUCGUCAAAUUGCCGAGGAAGCGGAGCGGGUGUAAUUCUGGAGGGACCCAAGGGGAUAGUUUUGGAACAAUCCCUCCGCUUUCGGUUCAAGGCUUCCAACAAUCAAGCCGAGUAUGAAGCCUUACUGGCCAGACUGAGACUAGCCGAAGACAUGGGAGCCUCGAGAGUCAAAUGUUUCACCGACUCCAAAGUUGUGGCCCAGCAGGUCAGCGACAAUUUCCAAGUGAAAGACCACAACAUGAUGAAGUACUAUCAUGCCUAUCAAAAGUUGAAGACGAGCUUUAAGGAGGUGUCGGUCGAGCACAUCCCACGCGAAGACAACACUCGAGCUGAUCAGCUGGCUAGGUUGGCCGCGACUAAAAAGCCAGGCCAUCUGAGAACGAUAAUUCAGCAAGAGAUCGACCACCCUAGUGUCGAUGAAAUGGUCGCAAGCGUCGAUGCCGGCCGUGUCGGGCAGGACGACUCCCAUGAUUGGCGAGCCGAAAUCAGAGCGUUUCUCAUAAAUGGAAUCGCAUCGACCGAUCCGACCGAGGCCAAACGGCUAAGAAUCCAAGCCAGUAGAUACGUUGUCAUCGCCGGCCAGUUGUACAAACGCGGUUUUUCCACCCCGUUACUCAAAUGCCUUAACCCCACCGAGGCUGACUACGUGAUGAGAGAAGUACACGAGGGUAUUUGCGGAAUACAUUCGGGAGCGAGGACAACCGUCUCCAAACUUUUACGAGCCAGGUACUAUUGGCCGACCAUGGUCACUGACUGCGCAACGUUCGUAAAAAGAUGCCAACCAUGUUAG